ACUUUUUUUUUUUUUCCGGCGGAGCAACUUGUACGGGCUCUCCAAUUAUCACCAAAGGGAAAAAAUCAUUAUGAUGAGGAUCUCACUCUCUGCCUGCAAAGAAGUGCCACCCCUAGUGAGUUUUCCUGGAGGACUGAACAUGGACCCCUUUAUUCCCUGGCGGAGAAAGGACAAAGUUGUGAUAGUGAUGGGAGCAACGGGGACCGGGAAAUCAAGACUUUCAAUUGACUUAGCUACACGUUUUCCGGCUGAAAUUGUGAAUUCGGAUAAAAUGCAAGUCUACAAGGGCCUUGAUAUAGCCACCAACAAAGUUACUGAAGAAGAAUGCCUGGGAAUUCCUCACCAUUUGCUAGGAUUCGUGGAUCCCAAUGAGGAUUUUACAGCCCACGAUUUCCAAAAUCAUGCAUCACUGGCUGUCGAAUCUAUCAUCAGAAAGGGCAGGCUCCCGAUCAUCGCCGGUGGAUCUAAUUCCUACAUUAAAGCUCUAGUGAACGAUGAUCUCGAGUUUCAGUCCAAGUAUGACUGUUGUUUCCUCUGGGUUGAUGCAUCAGUGUCAAUUCUCCGUUCAUUUGUGACUAAAAGGGUCGAUAAGAUGGUGGAAGCUGGUCUAGUGGACGAAGUUAAGGAAUUUUUCAACCCAAAAGGCGAUUAUAGUCGUGGGAUUCGACGUGCUAUUGGUGUCCCUGAAAUGGAUCAAUUUUUCAGGAAUGAGAAACAAGUUGAUGAGGAAACUGGGAGAAAGCUUCUGGAGGAAGGCAUUGACAAAAUUAAAUCAAACACUUGCAAAUUGGCCUGUUGCCAACUUAGAAAUAUUCUAAGGCUUCAAGAGCAAUUGGGAUGGAAUAUGCACCACCUUGAUGCAACCGAAGCUUUCCUUAAACGUGGGGCUGAGUCUGAUGAAGCAUGGGAAAGACUAGUGGCGAGGCCUGGUACCAUGAUUGUUGGCCAAUUUCUCGAGGAAGAUGAGUUCGUUUCAACUCUCUCCACCACCCCACCAUCUUCUUCCGUUAUCGUUGCUGCAUCCGUCCUCGCCACCACAAAUGCCACUGCCGUUGCUGCUGCCACUCAUUAAACUGACCCUUUUACUAGGACACUAUGAAAAAAUCCAAAAAAAAAAAAAAUGCUCGAGAUGCCACGUGGAAGGGGACAAAUCAGCCUAUUAUCCUUUUUACUUUGUUGUUACAGAGGUUGCUGUCAGUUCAGGUAGUUAAGUACCUAAAUUUGGCGGCCGAACAGUUGGGAAGCAAUUUAGAAGUCCGUGCUUGGCUGCGGUUGCAUAAAAGAUUUGUACGUAUGAUAUGAUAUUCUGCAGUUAAGUCGGUCAUGACUAUACAACAUGCGUGAUGGCAGCGGCCGCCGAUUUUUGGUACCAUAUAGUAGUAGUAGUACGCUGAGGUUUGUAGGUUCUGCUGUGAUGGGAUGGUAUUGCGAACGAGAUCACACAACCGUGUAGACCCCUCCACUGAAAAGAGAGAACAAGAGAUUGGCUUUUCUGGCUUUGUCUGUUUUUUUUUUCUUUUUUUCGUUCUUCUGUCUUUUUUUGGCAAUGAGCUGUAUUAUUCUGGGAUUUGACAUCUCAAGAUAUGGUAUAUAGAACU